AUGCUGCCGCUUCCAGGACAGACGAGUCUGUUGGCUAACACUGGGGAAGAGCGAUUGAAGCGAACGUUGUAUGUCGGAGGCUUGGCAGAAGAGGUCGAGGAGGAGGUCCUUCGCGCGGCGUUUUUACCCUUCGGCGACAUUAAACAGCUCGAAAUUCCAAAGGACAAAACAACAGGCCUGCAUCGGGGCUUCGGGUUCAUCGAGUUCGAGGAAGAAGACGAUGCCAAGGAAGCGAUGGAAAACAUGGACAACGCUGAGCUGUACGGGCGUACCCUUCGGGUCAACUUAUCUAGAUCUGGAGGUUUCGCCCCUGGUUCUCGCAACAAAGCGAUCUGGAGCGACGACUUUUUCUUUCGCCAGGAGAUGAAGAAGAAAGGCAUGGACAUCAGUGAAGACAUGGGCGACGCACCCGAGGCGUCUGCUCCAGAGAAACAGUGA